GGCUACACAGUCCCGAUAUCACGGGCGCACGAGACCGGGUCAAAUACAAGGGACGGCUUCUCUUGGUGGGCGUUGCAUUCCAAGUCGCCAUUUCUUUUGCUGUUAUUUUUUUUCUUGCUCUUUGUCCGGGGCCGGGUUUUACCUUACAAGAGCUCGAUCUGCAGUGUUCGUUGCUCGCUGCGGCUUGCCGAGGAAACUGCCGUCGCCAGUGGAGGGGCGUUUUGCAGAGCCGAGACCGAUUCGUCGCCAAGCUUGACUCUGAACUUCGCACAAUCCGUCCGGAUCGCCGUGACAACCGCCGAGGCCACGACCUUGCGCGAGGAGCGCCCCCAAGUCCCAUACGAGGACCAGAGGAUAUUGCAAUGGCCGUACAGUCAAAACCUGCCCCCAUUGGGCCCUGGGGCAAAGCAACGGCCGGCGCCGCGGGCGCAGUCCUCGCCAAUGCGCUUGUGUACCCUCUCGAUCUCGUAAAGACGAAACUUCAGGUUCAAGUAAAACCCACCAACGCCGAGGGGUCCGACUCAAAAUCCGCCGAGACGCACUACAAGGGCACGUGGGAUGCCAUUUCCAAGAUCGCAUCCGCCGAGGGCGUGACGGGUUUGUACGCCGGCAUGGGCGGCUCGUUGAUUGGUGUUGCCUCGACGAAUUUCGCCUACUUUUACUGGUACUCGGUCGUCCGCACUCUCUACUUCAAGUACGCCAAGGCGACAGGCCAGCCGUCUACCGUCGUCGAACUGUCCCUCGGCGCCGUCGCCGGCGCGCUUGCGCAGCUCUUCACGAUCCCUGUUGCCGUGAUCACGACGCGGCAACAAACGCAGAGCAAGGAAGAGAGGAAGGGCAUCAUCGACACUGCGCGCGAGGUGAUUGAGGGUGAGGACGGCAUCUCGGGGCUCUGGAGGGGGUUAAAGGCGAGCCUGGUCUUGGUGGUCAACCCCUCCAUCACCUAUGGUGCGUAUGAGAGGUUAAAGGAUGUUCUGUUCCCGGGCAAGAAGAACCUCUCUCCUUGGGAAGCUUUCGCUCUUGGGGCCAUGUCCAAGGCACUCGCCACCAUCGUCACGCAGCCCCUGAUCGUGGCCAAGGUCGGCCUGCAAUCGAAGCCGCCACCGGCGCGGCAGGGGAAGCCGUUCAAGAGUUUCGUCGAGGUGAUGCAGUUCAUCAUCGCGAACGAGGGCCCCCUGAGCCUUUUCAAGGGCAUCGGGCCACAGAUUCUCAAGGGCCUGUUGGUUCAGGGUAUUCUGAUGAUGACCAAGGAGCGUGUCGAACUCAUGUUUAUCCUCUUCGUUCGUUAUCUCCAAGUCAUGCGGUCGCGCAGACCUGGGAAGGCCGUCGAUCUCGCGGCUGCCGCCAAGCUCGUCGCUCCCGUCACGGUCAAAUAAUCACUAUUACCUUGCUUUAGCCGGGGUUGUUUCAUUGUGGUGCCUCGCUGCAAAGUCUGAAAUGCUGUCACUGUACAAGAAGCACGGCUGGGGCCUGUGGAGCGGUUGUCGGGAAGGGUUUCUGCUUUGUACAUGGAUACCUGCAUAUAGAUUCUUCAUUUUCUUUCUUUCUGGCAUAAUGAGGAUUUUGCAUGAUUGAAUGAAGAGUCGAGUCCUAAUUAUGGUUGAUGUGUUGAUGGAGUGGUUAGACGUACGGAUUACUGUGCAAGGAACAACCCCUUCGCCGUUACACACUACGCAAUACAGUGGUUCUGGCUCGAACGUUCACGUAUUAAGCCACAACUCGAGCCCCACC